UUCUUGGGGUCACCAAAUUUGGCUUCUCCCACUGUUUUGUCUUCUCUUCUUUCUGCUCUCUCCUAUAUAUAUACACAAAUUUUGUGUGUAUUUGUAUAUGCACUCACCAAUUCUUGAAAACACUACAUAUUUCUCUUCAGAAAAGUUGUCUCUUUUUUGAGUUUGUUUCUGGUUUUCUGUUUAAAGGACGAGCAAUUUCAUCUUGGACAUCUUUAAUCUUGAAGCUGGUUGCUAGACACCAUUCUAGUUGUGUGCUUCCUCCUCGGUCGCUGUUCUUAAGAAGAUGGGCUGUUUUAGCUCUAAGGUGGCAAGAGGACAUCAGUUUCCUGGUUAUGAAGAUCCUAUAUUCCUGGCAUCCCGAACAGCAUUUACUGUAAGUGAAGUACAGGCCUUAUUUGAGAUGUUCAAGACUAUUAGCAGUACAGUGAUUGAUGAUGGGCUGAUAAGCAAGGAAGAGUUUCAGUUGGCUUUAUUCGAGAAUAGAAAGAAAGAAGACCUCCUAGCGAAUCGGAUUUUUGAUCUCUUUGAUCUGAAGCAAAGAGGAGUCGUUGAUUUUGAGGAUUUUGUUAUGGCAAUGAAUGUUUUUCACCCAAAUGCCUCCCAGGAAGAUAAGCUCACUUUUUCAUUUAAGCUGUAUGAUCUGGAUGGCUCAGGGUAUAUUGAACGACAAGAGGUUAAACAAAUGUUGAUUGCACUUUUACGCGAGUCUGAGAUGAAGUUGGCUGACGAAACCAUUGAGAUAAUACUUGAUAAGACAUUUUCAGAGGCGGACUCAAAUCAGGACGGAAAGAUUGACAAAUCGGAAUGGCGAAGCUUUGUGGAUCGAAAUCCUUCAUUACUAAAGAUUAUGACACUUCCAUAUCUAAGGGAUGUUACAACUACUUUUCCAAGUUUUGUAUUUCAUUCAGAAGUUGAUGAAGGAGCUACUUGAGGAGUAGGGGAAAAAGGGUGUAGUUCAGAUUUUAAUUAGUUCUUCUCCUCCACAUAUUUCAUUUGUUUAUUUUCCCAAAUAUAUUUUAAAAAUGUAUCUAAUUUUAUAUUUUAUUGAGGGGAAAAUGCAAACAAUAUAUAUAUAUAUAUAUAAGUUGGGUGAGGAGGUUUUGUUUAGCCCUCCCUUUUUGUAAAUUGGUCAAUUAAUAUAUUUUUCUUAGAUUCACUUGA